AUGUCAGUUUGUCAAUAUUAUUUACGAGGUAAUUGUCGAUAUGGAAAUCGAUGUCGAUUACAACAUACAAAUGCCGGAGAAUCACAUACAUUUAAUCAACAUAAUGCAUCAUCAUCAUCAUAUCGAUUUCGUUCACCUCGUCCAUCAUUCAAUCCAAAUUGCAAUUAUAGAAUGCAAUCUUCCGGUCAUACUAAUCAUAAUGUCGAAAAUAGAUAUGCAUCACAACAACAAAAUUCAAAAUAUUCUCAAGUUUUAUUAUGGAUUAAUGAAAAUUUUUCAAAUAAAGAUAAAGCAUUAGAUAUAUUAGGUGAAUUACAAAGAGAAGCUCGAGAAUGGCAAAAAUCCAUUGAUUUAUGGCGAUUUACAUCAAAAUCAUUAUUUCCUGGUGGACAACCAUUAGAAGGUAAAAACAAGAAAAAUUUAAUCAUUUUCUAUUGUAAAAAUUUAGGUUGGCAGGAUCAAUCAUUUGAAGAAAUAAAAUGGGCACAUCGUUGGAUGACUAAUACAAAUCAAGAACAUAUUUAUAAAAAACAAUAUUAUAAUUAUUGGGAAAAUACUGAACGUCAACUUCUUGGAUUAUCAAAACUUGAUGUAGAUACACUUAAAACACUUAAACCAUAUAUUGAUCAAUAUAUAGCAAGUAAUUAUAAACCAUCAAAAAUAUAUGUAACAGAUAUUGAAAUGAAAGAUAAUAAUGAUAAUAAAAGUUCAACUAUUCUAUCUCAAACACAAACAAUAACAAAUUAUACACCAGAUGAUCAACUUCUUGAAGAAGAACGUGCUGCUUUUGAAAGUGAUACAUUUGAAUUUGGACAAAUACCUACUCAUGCACCUCCACAACAAUUUUGCUAA